AUGGAAAGACUGCAGAAGGCCAAAAUGGACAACGAGGUACUGGGCUACAAGGACCUGGCUGCCAUCCCCAAGGACAAAGCGAUCCUGGACAUCGAGCGCCCCGACUUGAUGAUCUACGAACCCCAUUUCACUGCUUCUUGCCUUCUGCAGCGUUCCCUGUCUCCCAAAUCCAUCUCUCCUCCUCCAUCUCCGGAGGUCAUCCGGGAGUGGCUGGAGAACCGGACCGCUGGCAGCACCCCGCAGCCCACCUCUCGCCAGGGCGGCAGCUCGGCCCGCAGCAGCGUGCAGCACUUCCACCGACCCGAGACUGACACAACGGAGCUCAACAUAUACAAGAAGCCUCCAAUUUAUAGGCAGAAAGACCACCAUCCCGGUGCCCACCAUGGGAAGCAUCUCAUAGAGGACUUGAUCAUCGAAUCCUCCAAGUUCCCGGCAGCGCAGCCCCCAGACCCCAACCAGCCCGCCAAGAUUGAGACCGACUACUGGCCGUGCCCCCCAUCCCUGGCCGUCAUGGAGACGGAGUGGAGGAGGCGGAUGGCCUCCAAGAGAGGGGAGGAGGAGGAGGAGGACCUGACAGAGGAGAUGAAGAACCUGCGGGAGCUCCAGAGGCAGGAGCUGAGCAAGGUCACCUCCAACCUCGGGAAGCUGAUCCUGAAGGAGGAGAUGGAGAAAUCUCUCCCCAUCCGGAGAAAAACCCGCUCGCUGCCGGACCGGACACCCUUCCACACAUCUCUGCACAUGGGGAGCUACAAGAGCUCCUCGCUGCCCGCCUCUGGCAGGAGCACCCUCACCCGGCUGCAAUCAGCGGAGUUUGGCUCGGCAGGCAGUGAGAAGAGCAGCCCUGGCCUGCAGAACGGGCAGCGUGGGCGCAUGGAUAGAGGCAAU